GGUUUGGAUCACUCUAUUCGGAUUCUUAAACCUCUAAUUCUGAAUCCUGCUGUUGCCGCUGCCGAGAGAGAGAGAGAGGUGAUAAAAUGGUGAGAUUAACGGCGGAUUUGAUCUGGAAAAGCCCCCAUUUCUUCAAUGCCAUUCGCGAGCGAGAACUCGAUCUCCGAGGGAACAAAAUUCCUGUUAUAGAGAACGUUGGCGCUACUGAGGACCAAUUCGACACAGUUGAUUUAUCCGAUAAUGAGAUUGUCAAGCUUGAGAACUUUCCUCUCAUGAAUCGCCUAGGAACCUUGUUAUUGAACAAUAACCGAAUCACUCGCAUCACUCCUAACCUUGGAGAGUUUUUGCCGAAACUGCACACCUUGGUCCUCACCAACAAUAGGUUAACUAACUUGGCUGAGAUCGAUCCUCUUGCAUCACUCCCCAAGCUGCAGUUCCUUAGUCUGCUUGACAACAAUAUUACGAAAAAACCUAAUUAUCGUUUGUAUGUUAUCCACAAGUUGAAGUCCUUGCGUGUUCUGGACUUCAAGAAAGUAAAACAAAAGGAGCGUGCUGAAGCCAAAAUUUUGUUUGCAUCAGAAGAAGCUGAAGAAGAGGUUAAAAGGCAAUCUGCAAAGAUUGUACCUGCUGAGACUCCUAGUACCCAAGAAUCUGCAAGGGAGCAACAAACAGCUAAACCAGCUGCACCUACACCAGAACAAAUUUUGGCUAUUAAGGCUGCCAUUGUGAAUUCACAAACUCUUGAAGAGGUGGCAAGACUGGAACAGGCACUAAAAUCAGGACAGCUUCCAGCUGAGUUCAACAUCAAUGAUGAUGGCAAUGCACCUAACGGUGAGGCUACUGAACAGGAGGAUAAUAUGAUCACAGAUGAAAAAGAAGCAAAUAAUGAACCUAACGAAAGUGAGCCUGAAGAAAAGAAAGACGAGCCAUCAGAAAUGGAAGAGGAAUAGGUUUGUUCCAUAUGAAUAUUCAGCACUUAAUAUUCAUCGUGUAUCCUUCCGAACAUGAUUAAUGCCCACUUCAUGUUGCAAAACUGUGUUUGUAAUCUUUGAUAUUUUCUCGGACGAAGAUUUCAGAGUAGCCAUGAAUAGGCAAGGAGAGCACUUGCUAACAACUUAUUUGUGAGACAGAGUUUGCUGCGAGCAAUGUAGUACUUGUCAAAAAACAUGAAUUUCUGCAGCCGCUUACAGGAAAAAAAGUGUCUUCUUCGUCAUGUAUUAGGUUGUUCGAACUAUUCCUGUUUUUCUCAAUCGAAUUUUCAACUGGUUAUAUUCUUA